UCCCAUUAUGGCUAGAGCAUUAUACCUUGCAUCUCAUUCGCUGCUUCCUUAUCUUUCCUUUUAUAGCCUCUAUCUUGAGGACGAAUCUAAGCAAAUCAAAGAUUAGAGAUCGGUAAUCGUCGUAAUGGUGCGAGGGAAGACGGAGGUGAGACGGAUCGAGAACGCCACCAGCCGGCAGGUGACGUUUUCCAAGCGCCGGAAUGGGUUGCUAAAGAAGGCCUUCGAGCUCUCCGUCCUCUGCGACGCCGAGGUCGCCCUCAUCGUCUUCUCCUCUAGGGGGAAGCUCUACGAGUUCUCCAGCUCCAGCAUGGAAAAGACAAUCGAUCGUUACAUAAUGCACACGAAAGAUGUUGGCGUCAGCAAGAAAGCAAAAGAGCAUAAUACACAAUUGAAGUCUGAUACUGCAAGCUUGAUGAAGAAGAUUGAACGGCUUGAAGCUUCUAAAAGAAACCUCUUAGGUGAAAAUUUGGAAUCAUGUGCAGUUGAGGAGCUGCAUGAACUGGAGCUCCAGUUAGAGCGCAGCCUAAGCAGCAUCAGAAAACAAAAAUAUCAAAUGCUCGAAGAGCAAAUCACUCAGCUAAAAGAAAAGGAAAGGAUGCUCACUGCUUCGAUACGAGAAAAGUUAAACGCAAAACCUCGGCUACAGCUAUGUGCUUCUGCUGUUUCUGAGGAUUAUGAUAGUCCGAAUACAGACGUAGAGACAGAGCUGGUAAUUGGCAGGCCAGGGACUUGCAAGGUCAAGUGAUUCAUGUUAUCAUUACUUAUGGAUUAAAUGGAUACACAUAAAUAUAAAUGCCCAUUGAAAAUAAGGGCACAUCAACUCUGUUAUUUUGUGAAAGAUUGUAAAAUCCAAAGAGCAUGAAGUGGCUCAACUAAUUAUUCUCUUACUGAUCCUGUAUGAAUAAAUAGGUGGAUAUUUCCUGUCUUUCUAAGAUUGGUUGGAACUUCUCUUUCAGUUAUGCAACUGAAUUCUUGAA